AUGUUCCUUUCUCGUAGCUCUAACGUUACUGCACCAGUUCCCGCCUUCGACGUCGACGACCGUUUCGAAAAGGUCGAGAGCCAGUAUGCUCAACUACGAGGCAUGAUCGAGAGGUCGAACACUGAGCGAAAUGACAUGGAGGAAAGGCUCAGCCUUCAGAAGGUUAGGUUAAAUGAGCUCGAGAUGAUACGAACGCAACUUUCAGCAUCCAACAACACGCUUCAUUCAGAGCUAGAAGACGCAAAGGUAAAGCUAUCGACGACCACUAUGGCACUAGAUGACGCGCGGAGGAAGCACACAUACGAGGUUGACGACCUUCGGCGGAAACACCGGCACGAUCACGAUGAUCUGAAGGACGCCCACCGUAAAGAGAUGGAAAGCUCUCUUCGCCAGGCGCAUAGAGAAGAGCUCACCGAAGUAGAACGGCGCUUGAAGGCCGAGCUCGACGAUGAGCGAAGUCGCCGAAUCCAGGAAGUGCAGGAAGUCUCGACGAGACUUGAACUCCACCGACAGAACACAGGCCUAGAUAUUGAGCAGAAAGACCGAGAAAACGAUCAGCUCCGCAAGGAGCUUGCUCAAGCGCACGCCGAUUUUGACCGACAGAAGGAGCUCAAUGCCUCACUGAAACACAGUCUUUCUGAGGCUCACGCAAACAACCUGUCACUCGAAACCUCGAACAAGGCCAUGAAAGCCAAGAUAGACUUCCUGGAAUCGGAUAAUCAGGCACAAAGUCAGGCCUUUGCAGACCUGCACAAACGCAUGCAGGAAGCCAUCGAAGCCGCCGAAGUAGCUAACGCCAAACUGCGCGCUGAAGAGACACUACGCCGAAAACUCCACAACCAAGUCCAAGAACUCAAAGGAAACAUCCGAGUCUUCUGUCGAGUACGGCCUACGCUUCCAUCAGCAACAGAAGAAGAGCUACCAGCGAAGAUCGACUUCCCGGACUCCAUCGAAGACGCAAAAGAAGUCGCAAUCCAAGGCCCCGAGCAAAAGUCAGCACUCGGCAAGGUCACGACAUCCACCCACAACUUCUCGUUCGACAGAGUGUUCGGACCAAAUAGCGAGAACGCCGCCGUCUUCGAAGAGAUCUCCCAACUCGUCCAAUCCGCCUUGGACGGCUACAACGUCUGCAUCUUCUGCUACGGCCAAACCGGUUCCGGAAAGACCUUCACCAUGACAUCCCCGGACGGCAUGAUCCCGCGCGCCGUGUCCCAGAUCUACGCCUCGGCCCAAGCCCUCGAAGAAAAGGGGUGGCGCUACUGCAUGGCCGGUUCCUUCGUCGAGGUCUACAACGAGGACCUGAACGACCUCCUCGGCGAGCCUGGGGAGCUGGACAGGAAGAAGAUAGAGAUUAGGCACGAUACCGAUAAGAAGCGUACCGAGCUCAAGGGCGCCGAGAGCGUGGUUCUGGAUUCUGCGGACCGCGUGCACGAACUUCUAGCGCGCGCGUCGAAAAACAGAUCCGUGGCGGCCACGAAGGCGAAUGAGCGGUCCUCGCGGAGCCAUAGUGUCUUUAUCCUCAAGCUGAUCGGGGAGAACAGCAUUACGGGCGAGACGAGCACAGGGACGCUGAAUCUGGUUGAUCUGGCGGGCAGCGAGAGGCUGGCGCAUAGCCAGGCGACGGGGGAUAGGCUGAAGGAGACGCAGAAUAUUAAUAAGAGUCUGAGCUGUUUAGGGGAUGUUAUUGGGGCGCUUGGGCAAGGGGGUGGGGGGCAUGUGCCGUAUCGGAACAGCAAGUUGACCUACCUCCUGCAAUACUCUCUCAGUGGCCAGUCGAAGACGCUCAUGUUCGUCAUGAUUUCGCCGCUGCAGGCGCAUUUGAGUGAGACUUUGACGAGUCUGAAGUUCGCUACAAAGGUGCACAAUACGCACAUCGGGACAGCUAAGAAGCAGACUAGGGUGAAGGACUGA